UUGACACCCAGACCAUCAACCCUGCAUCCACACUGUCUUGCGAGGGACCAGUUGAGACUAUGGGUACCGGCAGGAAGUAGCACUAAACAAUCUCUAUCAGUAAUGACAUUAGAUCAAUCCCCUAAUCACAAAAUUUCAGAUAGUCAACUAGAAUGUAUCCUAGAUGUCAUAGGAUCAUCUUGGGCGCAGUCGACAAAAGAGACAUACAGAGUGAGCUCACUUGUUUUUCACAUCUUCUGUGACACAAACAACAUCACAGAAGACAAACACUGCCCAGUAGCAUGCAGUCUCCUCCUCAAUUUCCUGUGCAGCUGCGCGGGAUCCUAUUCAGGAUCAUCCUUGGCAAACUACACAGCCGGACUGAAGGCAUGGCAUCUGUUGCAUGGGAGAGCAUGGUUAAUCCCACCAAAUGAACUCAAGGCCAUCCUAGAUGGCACAACGGCAUCAGCCCCAGAAUCUUCCAAACGCCCAAAAAGGUUACCAUUCACACCAGCAUUUCUAUGCAAGAUACAAGAUCACUUAGAUCUCAAUACCCCUUUGGACGCAGCCGUCUUCACAUGUCCAACAAUGACAUUCUAUGCCAUAGCGAGACUAGGAGAGUUUACCGUGAGCGCAAUCAAAGAUUUCGACAGACAGAAGCACAUUACGAGAACAGGAGUGUCAAAGACAACAGACCACAAUGGCCUCCCAGUGACCAAAUUCUGGCUGCCCAGGACAAAG